AUGGAAGGAGAAACAGCUCCCGAGGCCAAGAGAGCAUCCAGCAAAGCCAUGCGGAUCGCCCUGGGCAUCUUCGUGAGUGGCACCGUUGUGCUUGGCACCACGCUGUUCUUGGUGAGCCAAGGCCUGAUAAAGUUUCACUCCAAGCAACAGUACUGUUUGACCUCAGAAUGCAUUGAAGCUGCUGCUGGGAUCCUGAGCAAGAUAAACCACUCAGUGGACCCCUGUGAGGACUUCUAUGGCUUCGCCUGCGACGGCUGGAUCUCCAGCCACCCCAUCCCCGAGGACAUGGCCAACUACGGCGUCUACCCUUGGCUGCGCCACUCCGUCGACCUCAAACUGAAGGCCUUGCUCGAGAAGCCCAUCAGCAGAAGACGAGACAGUGAAGCUGUCCAGAAGGCCAAGGUCCUGUAUGCCUCUUGCAUGAAUGAGAACAGAAUCGAGAAAGCCGACGUGAAACCCCUGCUGAGUUUGCUGAGGCAUUCCCCCUUCCGCUGGCCUGUGCUGGAAGCCAACCUUGGACCUGAAGGGCUGUGGUCAGAAAGGAAGUUUAGCUUGGUCCAAGCCUUGGCAGCUCUUCGUGGCCAGCACAGCACCUCGGUCUUCAUCCGUCUCUACGUGGCUGCUGAUGACAAAGCCUCCAGCCGCUACAUCCUGAAGCUUGACCAAGCAAGCCUCUCUCUUGCAUCUCGAGAGGAUUACCUAGAAAACACCACAGAAGCCAAAUCUUCCCGAGAUGCCUUCUUGCAGUUCAUGGUGGACACAGCAGUGCUGCUGGGCGCCAACGCUUCCCGAGCGGAGCAUGACAUGAAGGCUGUUCUAAACCUGGAAGUGAAAAUAGCUGAGAUCAUGGUUCCAUAUGAAAAUCGAACAAGUGAGGUGAUGUACAACAAAAUGAACCUAUCAGAGCUCACUGUCAUGAUUCCACAGUUUGACUGGCUGGGCUACAUCAAGAAGGUGAUUGACACCAAGCUCUAUCCUGAGCUCAAAGACAUAGGUCCUUCAGAACACGUGAUUGUCCGUGUUCCUCAGUACUUCAAAGAUUUAUUCAGGAUAUUAGAAAAUGAAAGGAAAAAGACUCUUGCCAACUAUCUGGUGUGGAGGAUGGUUUAUGCCAGGCUGUUUAACCUCAGCAGACGUUUCCAGUACCGCUGGCUCGAGUUCUCUCGGGUGAUCCAUGGAACCACAACUUUGGUGCCUCAGUGGGAUAAAUGCGUGGACCUGGUCGAAAGCUCUCUCCCCUACGUCGUGGGGAAGAUGUUUGUGAAUGCCCAUUUCCAAGAAGACAAGAAGGAGAUGAUGGAGGAGCUGACUGAAGGGAUUCGCUGGGCCUUCAUUGACAUGCUGGAAAAAGAAAAUGACUGGAUGGACUCUGAAACGAAAAGGAAAGCUCUUGAGAAGGUAACAACAUUUAAAUGUGGAAUGGUGAAGUCCUGGUACAGUGAAGAUUUGACUUGACUGAAGUUUACAGAAAGUGAUUACUUUGGCAACGUGCUGCAAACUCGCAAGUACGCAGCCCAGGCUGAUUUCUACUGGCUUAGAAAAGAAGUCCCCAAAACAGAGUGGUUUACAAGCCCAACUACAGUCAAUGCUUUUUACAGUGCAUCCACCAACCAGAUCAGAUUCCCAGCAGGAGAAUUGCAGAAGCCUUUCUUUUGGGGAACAGAAUAUCCUAGGUCAUUAAGCUAUGGUGCCAUAGGAGUCAUUGUUGGCCACGAGUUUACUCAUGGGUUUGACAGCAAUGGUCGGAAAUACGACAAAAAUGGAAAUCUAGACCCAUGGUGGACAACUGACUCUGAGGAGAGAUUUAAAGAGAAAACCAAAUGCAUGAUUGAUCAAUACAGCAACUACUACUGGAAGAGAGCUGGCUUGCACGUGAAAGGCAAAAGGACUUUGGCAGAAAACAUUGCAGACAACGGAGGCUUGAGAGAGGCUUUCAGGGCAUACAGGAGAUGGAUAACAGAGAAGAGAGGAGGAGAAGAAGAACCUUUACUGCCAGGCCUGGAGUUCACACACAAUCAGCUGUUCUUUCUGAGUUAUGCCCAUGUAAGAUGCAACUCCUUUAGACCAGCAUCUGCAAGAGAGCAAAUAUAUGUUGGAGCUCACAGUCCUCCUCAGUUCAGAGUUAUUGGCGCCAUGAGCAACUUCGAGGAGUUCCGGCGAGCUUUCGGCUGCCCACCCAACAGCACCAUGAACCGCGGGGCAGAGUCCUGCCGCCUCUGGUAG